UCCGAAUCCGAAUCCGUAGUCGAGUCUCUCCCCCCUUCGGCGUAAAAAGGAGAAGAGAAAUCCCCCGUCUCCUCCGCUCCUUGCGACAAGAACAGGGGGAGGGAGAGGCGCCGAUCCCCAUCUGCUCGAGCAAAGCAGCGGAGGGGAGGGGAUCCUGCAGAUCUGGAAGAAGCUCAUCUCUUAAUUUCAGAGAGAGCCUCAACCUUUUGAUACAAGAGUAACAGUAUUGGGGGUUCAUCUGAACCCCCAAAUGUCCCAAGUUGGAUCCGCCCCUGAGACGAUGGAUCUGGAGACGGAGAAUCGUCUUGCUUCUUUACUUCUCGAGGAGGCGAGGAGGUUGCAGGCGGAGGCUGACAGGGAAGGUGUUCACGCAUAUCUGCGAAAGCCCAAUGUAAGGCACCGUCCGAAUUCGCGCUUCCUUACGGCCACAGUUCGUGGAGUUCAGCAAGAUAUCAGCGGUGUUCUGGUUGUCUACUUACUGAAUUGGCAUGAUAUGUGCUGUUCACCUACAGCGAACCGUGUUGUGGAGGUCAAUGAAAUGUGGCGUGCCAGAGAGAAGGAACUUGAACUGGAGUCUAAGAUGAAAAGGAGUAGAGGUCUUGGUGACGCCAGAGGUGAAAAACGCAAAAGUGACUUGAGAAACCAGAGUUCCAGUCCAAGGGUUGAAGAAGAAGGCAUAGCUUAUAACAGUUCAUAUUCGGAUCAGGAGGAUGGUCUAGGGGACGAUGACAUUGAGAAGUUUCUUCAUUCGAGGGUGAAGCGAGGUCGAGGGGCCGUUGGUUCUAGGAUGGAUGAGCCUGGUCCAUACCUUAAUGUUGCAUCUCGUAGUCAAGAGAACGAACCUAAUGCUGAUACUCAGGUGGAAGAAAAAUGGGAACGAAGAGUACAAGGCCCGGAGAAACCAGUGUCUUUGAGAUCAAGAUCACCUGAUGACUAUUGGCGUAGGGAAGCACUAGAUGGAGAACCUUCCAGCCCUGAACUCCACAAGAAAAAAGAGAAGAAGAAGGAAAAGAGUUCAGAGAAAAAGGACAGGAAAGAGAGAAGGAAGAAAAAAGACAAGAAGAAAUCUAAGCAUCGCCACCACCACCAUCACAAAAGUCGGCAAAGGGAGUGAUUGUUCUGCUUGCUGAGCAUAAAAAAUGUACACAAGAAACAUGUUAGCUUCUAAUUGCUACUGUUACUUCUCACUUGAAACAUGUUGUACCAAAAACUUGAUAUCGUGUGGAAUGGAGAACUGUUCUUCUCACACGGAGUGUUGAUACAAAGCCAUAUGUUAGAUUUUAGUGCUCUCGUUGGUCUUGUGUAUUUAUUAUCAUGAUGACUAAAUCACACCCUCGUUAAUUAGGAAUAACGUGGUUUUGGUAGCUAAAUGUUACAGCUUCCAAUCUUAUCUGCAA